AUGGAUUGUAGUUCCCAUCACCCGACCACAAAAAUCUUAGCGACUCCUCCGUCUAGAGAGAGCCUGCCGGCUAGAAGCAACAUGAUCAGCGCUUCCAAACCCCUCGCCUUUUCCAUUGAACGAAUAAUGGCCAGGACUCCAGAACCCAAGUCUAUGCCCGUCCCCCAUUUCCUACAGGGAUCUGUACCCAAAGGAGACCCCAAGCACUCCUUGCACCUCAACUCAUCGAUCCCGUGCAUGAUUCCCUUCGUGCCGGUGACCUACGAUACCAGCCCCAAAGCAGGGAUGACAGGGUCGGAACCAAGAAAAACUAAUCUGGAUUCCACUUCUUCACCGGCAUCCUCAUCCUUUAGCUGCAGUGAUCUGUUGAACUGUGCGUUGAGUCUGAAGGGAGAUUUUGCCCGCGACACUUUGCCUCUACAGCAGUAUAAAUUGGUCCGACCUCGAGUGGUCAACCAUUCCUCCUUCCAUGCCAUGGGGGCUCUGUGCUAUUUCAACCGGGGCGAUAGUCCUUGUCACCCGUCGGCCAGUGUCAACAUCCACCCAGUGGCCUCCUAUUUCCUCAGUUCCCCUUUACACCCACAACCCAAGACGUAUUUAGCUGAGAGAAACAAACUGGUCGUCCCGACUGUGGAAAAAUACCCUUCGGGAGUGGCUUUCAAAGACUUGUCCCAGGCUCAGCUGCAACAUUACAUGAAAGAAAGUGCCCAGAUCCUCUCGGAAAAAAUUGCUUUCAAAACCUCAGAAUUCAGCCGAGGCUCUCCCAACAGUAAACCAAAAGUUUUCACUUGCGAAGUGUGUGGAAAGGUAUUUAACGCGCAUUAUAACUUAACCCGUCAUAUGCCGGUGCACACAGGAGCCAGACCCUUUGUUUGCAAAGUUUGCGGAAAGGGCUUCAGACAAGCGAGUACCCUCUGCCGUCACAAGAUCAUUCACACCCAGGAAAAACCUCACAAAUGUAACCAAUGUGGUAAAGCAUUUAACAGAAGUUCCACUUUAAAUACUCACACUCGAAUACACGCCGGCUACAAACCUUUUGUUUGUGAAUUCUGUGGCAAAGGAUUUCAUCAAAAAGGAAAUUACAAAAACCACAAGCUGACCCAUAGCGGGGAGAAGCAGUUCAAAUGCAAUAUCUGCAACAAGGCUUUCCACCAGGUCUACAAUCUGACUUUCCAUAUGCACACCCACAAUGACAAGAAACCCUUCACUUGUCCCACCUGCGGCAAGGGCUUCUGUAGGAACUUUGACCUCAAGAAACACGUCCGUAAAUUGCACGAUAGCGCCCUGGGGCUGCCCCGGGCCCCAGCCGAGGCCGGCGCUGACCCACAGCCCGCGAUGCAGCCCCAGCCUCCGAUACCCCCGCCGCCACCUCCCGGGUCAUUGCAGCCUCCUCUUCAUCAGGGCCACCAGUGA